AUGGCCAACCCCAUGUGUCCCAAGAAGCUUCGGUCGUGUGUGCGUGAUAUCUCGGGAAAAAUCCCUGGAAAACAUUGGCACUACAGGUUCAUUAGCCGCAAUCCAUCACUUGUUCUCCGAAAGCCGCAGAAACUGGACCCGAAGAGAGCGAAGAACUUCAACCGGACAGUAGUGGCUGACUACUUUGCACAGCGAAAACAGUUGAAUGAUAUGUAUGGUGGGAUUCCUCCGGAACAUGACUGGAACAUGGACGAGAAGGGGAUUCAAAUGGGAGGAGGCAGGAAAGGAGACGGGACAAAGUACUUUUAUAAUAGGAAGCAGAAGGGAUCAUACCGCAUCUCGGACGACAAUUUGGAGCUUGUUACGGUGAUAGAGUGCAUUAGUGCUGCUGGAGUGUUGAUGAAGCCUGGUUUCGUGUUGAAGGAGGGGCCACUGCCUGAUUUAAGUGACGUCGAGGGCAUAGGAAGUAUAUCCCGUACAAAAACUGGCUGGACAAACCGUGGAAUAUGUGAGGAGUGGUUCAACAAGACAUUUAUCCCUGAGUCCCGAGCUUGCCGCAUUGAUGACAGGCCGGUCGUUCUUACUUUGGAUGGCCAUGACUCGCAUGAGCAACCUGUCCUUCAAGCUCUAGCUUAUGAACACAGCAUCAUUAUCUAUUGCCUCCCAUCAAAAACCACUCAUAAAUUACAGCCACUUGAUGUUGUCGUGUUUGCCCCAGUUGGAAGGAGUUGGAGUUCGCACGCAAGCCGCCUUGCAAUAGAAGGCAUCAAAAUUGAUCGUUACAACAUUGUUCCAGAGUAUCUUUCUAUCCGUCAUAUUAUUACACCAGAACUCAUCCGCACGGCCUUCAAGGAGACUGGUAUCUAUCCGUUCAACCCGAAUGUCUUCACGGAGGGGGACUUUGCGCCAAGCCAAGUAACGUCCACAUCUGCUCACUUCCCUGAUAGUUAUCCAAGUGACGUUGACACAAGCGACGAGUCUUUCCAUACGAGCGACGGACUGCUUGGUUUGACAACGCUCCCUGGCCCGACAGUUGAAUUGGACGGAUACCACGACCAAGAACCCUCUCAGGAGUAUAGAGAGAACAACGAUGAACAGGAAGACUCGUCUUCCUCUUCCUCCCCCACACGGGAGGGUUCAACACUUCCGCCUGAGCUCUUUUCCUGGCCGCGUUUCUCCAAUACUCCACCACCAUCUCCUUUGCAGAUGUCUUUGCCGCCACUCCCUCCUGCUGAUCCUUUCGUCAAUAGCGCCUCUCGAUCACAAACUGGCAGUGCCCCAUCUCCUUCUCCAUCACAGCUUGGGCUUGAUGUCUUUCCAUCUCCUACACCAUCUGACCGUGUGCGCACAAAAGCCACCUUUGCUCAAAGAAGGUGCAGCGGAUACAUGACUAGGUCUUCAUCUGCGCAGUCUCUGAAAGUGACGUUAGCACAGCUCAAGGCUGAAAGGGAUGCAGCCAAUGCACAUUGUACGCUUGCUCGACGUGAUGCGGAAGACAUACGGAAGCGCUCAGGAAACCAUAGGAAGCCUCGACGAGGCACCACGAAACCGACUGCCCAGUUUCUCACUCAUCCUGAAUUAAAGGCCGUGUUCGAACAGCAGGAGAUCGAGCGGAAGGAGAAAGCCCGCAUAGACACAGAAAAGGAGGCAAGUAAGCAGCAAGAAGACACCGCUCGUAACACACGAAUAACAAUAGAGACUGUGAUGAAAGUCUUUGACAGAUCUUUUGCGUCUUACAAGCGCAAGGAGGACCUCAUUGUCAUAGCCGGUGCUCUUGGUUUACCGAUUGAUGGGACAGUCAAAGCCCUCAUUGAAAGGAUCAAGUCUCACCUUCAAGGACAUAAGGAGUUAGCAGAUAACCCCCAGUUUGCUGGCCUUUUUGGCCGUCGUAUUCAGGCCCCUGAGGGUUCUAGUCACUCCGGACAAUCAUCCCAAUCACCCUUAUAUUCUAGUGUCAACUCAUCUACUGCGUUUUCCCCCCAUACUCCUGGGCCCUCAUAUAACUUCAAUAUCUCUGAGCGUGUUUUACCUCCCCCAACUGAUGAAAAUGGUGUGACAAUUACAUAUUAUAAUGAGUUGGGUCAACCGUACUAUGUUUUGUAG